ACCAUGAAUACAAGGAGACACUUGUUGUCUGCAGCACGGCUUGUGUUGCCCACCACUGGCUUGAUCCUCAUUUGUGUAGGUGCUUAUAUCAACUCCAUCCAAAGUGGACAACUGCAGAUUCUGAGAGAUAUCUCCGUUUACCUCUUUAUCAUCCUGGGCUUCAUCCUGAUUGUCGCUGGAGUGUUGUGGUCUGUCGGUAACGGAAUGAAGAAUGUGCUGCUGAAACGCUCAGUAAGGAGGUCAAGAGACGCUGAUGUUCACGUUUUUACUGUGGACAGGUCCGACCUCUAUCCACCAUCGUAUGAGGAAUCUCAGGUCAGAAAUAAUCCCACUGAGGCUGUCCCCACCAUCAUCUCCAUUCCUACAGCCAUGCGAUGGGCCGGCCCAGCUCCUCCAGUUUACAUGCAGAAUUCCUACGAGACCUCAGUUGAGGACUUCAGCCAUGAGGAGCCACCUACGUAUCAACAAGCAGUUCUUUGGAGCCAGGCUGAUUCACAAGCAGCCCAUCUAUCUACAAACAGUUCUGUAGAGCCGCUCUGA